AUGCAGCAGACGCAGCAGCAGACGCAACAGCAGCAGCAGCAGCAGACGCAACAGCAGCAGCAGCAGCAGCAGCAGCAGACGCAGCAGCAGACGCAGCAGCAGCAGACGCAGCAGCAGCAGACGCAGCAGCAGCAGACGCAGCAGCAGACGCAGCAGCAGCAGACGCAGCAGCAGACGCAGACGCAGCAGCAGCAGCAGCAGACGCAGCAGCAGCAGACGCAGCAGCAGCAGCAGCAGACGCAGCAGCAGCAGACGCAGCAGCAGCAGCAGGAGAGGCCUGAGGCAGGACCUGUACAAAGCUUCCUGACUCCACAAGUGAACAGAGUCAAAUAA